AUGCCCCACGAAAGCCAUCCACGGCUGCCGGUUCCGCCGUCACAGUUGAUCUCCAGCACCAGGUACGAAGUCACGCCUAGUCUCGAAAUUCGAGAACAGCAGAAUACUGUACCACAGAUGCUUCACGACGCUCGGCCAUUGUUGCCACUUCAGCCCACACAAGUGGACUUCAGUACCAAGAGCGGAGCGAUGCUUGGGCCCAAACUCCGACUGCAGCAAGACGAUGUACCAACACAGCGGAUGCCCGGCGUCUCUCGACCAGCGUACCCGUCUUGGAGUCGUGCAAUAGGAAGCCACAGUCAAGACCCUCAGUUCGAUCUCGGGCGGCCCUCGACCGACAGCAGUGCAUGGCGCAAGCCCGAUGACGAGUACGAGGAGGACGACUCAGAAGAGGACGGAGAUCCCAACUCCUUUCCGCAGUUCAGUAAUCUUGAGCUAUCUCAACAGAGCCGCAAUGUUAUACAGCAAAGUCCUUUCCCGGCAGCCAGAGAGAGGGAGCCGAAUGAUGUCAAUGGUACUUCAAAAGAUGUGAAGGCAGACGAGGACCUCAAAACACCUGCGCUCGCUAGAGUGGAUCCAGACCCAGGUACCGCGAAGACUCCAGUCGUUUCGAGAAAUCCCGGGAUCAACGUUUUACUACUGUGCGCGGGUACGAUCUUCGCUGUGGUGCUCGGUGUUCUCGUCGUACCGCUUCACUCCUCGCUCUUCUCGACGCCAGGGGCGGGAAUUCUACUACCAGUACACUCGUUUCCUUCUCUUGAUAGCACGGUGGCUCAUCGACAUGCCUGGCAGCUGGAGCUAUCCAAGCUUGAGGCGCCAGUCGCAAGCUUAUCGGAGGCCAAAGGUCUUGUGAAUAUAUCGCGGGCCUGUAGAAAGGAGUCGUUACUACCGCCGACCUCUGUUCAAUCUGCGAUAGAAAGCAUUCGGAAGCUCAGCGCCGGUGUCAAGAGGGCCUGGACAGAUCAGCAGGGGCAUACAUUGGAGAAGGAAGAGCCUUUCACCCUGACAACUGCAAUAAGAAGGCCUGAGCUUGGUGCUCGGCAGCCUAACUGGCGGAACGUUGUACACGGACACGCUGUUAGCGUUGCACUCUUCUGGCGGAAGUGGCUAAAAGCUCGAUUGAGCUCGCCAGAGAUGGCGAUUUGGACACAAUAUCUCCCAACAGGCAUCCAUCACACUCUUCUCCCAAGAUUGGACCAUUUCAUUGCGUCUUAUCCGCCAAUAGCUUGGGCAAGAGAUAUCCGACACGCCAUAGCCGAGCUCGGCUCGCAGUUGGACCGCUGCUCGUGCUCCUCGAACCCAGUGACUUCAGUCGUACGACCUUGCCGCCUAUUGCAGAUUCCCGCCACGCUCCGCCGCCUCCAGGGCAUCCAUGAUGAAGCCCGCCGUCUUACAAGACUUUCUCGCUGCGACUCGGAUGAUGCUGGAUUGAGGUGUGUCACAGCUUCGGCGAAGGACCUCAUGGAAAUGACCCGGACGGCAAGGAGUGAGCUGCAAGCCUGGACGGAAGGAUGGCUGCACUUGCUCUUGGGCGGCUCGGGAAAGGAGAGCCUGCGUGAGAUGCUGGAGGGCGGUGAUGUCGCCGAUGAGGUGCUGUGGCAGUUGUGGGCGGCGGGCCGAGACAGCCGUCAGGAGUUGCUGGUAUGGAUGGCGAGGGUAGAGGACGUGAUAUGGGCGGGUGUCGACGCCAUACAAGGUUGA